AGAUUAUUAUCAAUUAUGUGAUGGAUGAUUAAUUUGGAUCUCAGUAUAAACAAAGAACUUAUCAUAUAAAAAAGUUACAAUUAUACUUUACACGAUUAUUAUUGGUAAAAACGUUUGGUGACGGUUGACAAAAUGAAAUGCGGGGCUAAUUCUUUCUAUAAUGAAAACGUUGGAAGCUGUUUCACGUGUUCCGAUAUCUGUGAUAAUUUAAAAGGAACUGGUAAUUCCAAAGAAUAUUGUUUAAAACUCUGCCCAGAAUACAAGCCAACCUUUUCUCAGACAACGGAAGCUAAUACUGGAUCUCAUCAUUUAGAAAUCAUCGUACCUGUAAUUGUACUUUUGAUAUCAGCUUCCAUUAUUAUUGGCGUUUUGAUUUUAAAACAUCGCCGUAAGAGAAACCCACAAUAUCACAAUAGACGACGACAAAAUUUGCCACGGGUUGAUUAUACCCCAGCUCCACCUCUCACACUGACUAAAGAAGAAGUGGGUGAUGAUGUUGAAGGACGAGAGUGUCUCGGGGAUUCCGGAAUAGAUACCACCAGAAUUGAUAUUACACUCAGGUCGACUGAACAAGAUGGAUAUCAAAUAAGCGGAAGUAUACACCAGGAAACUCAAACUGUACUGAGUGAUUUGUGUUGUAAUUCUAAAUAUCUGAAGAAUGCCUCCGAUGCUAGUGGAGCCCAAGCAUUAUAGAUAGCUGAUAUAAUUGUAACGUCAUCCGCCCGUCAGUUCACCCACGAUUGCUCGUAAACACUUUAGAAGGCAUAAUUCUUGGUGGAUUUUGUUAUCAAAAGGAUACUGUGAUGAAAGUGGAAAAGGGUGAAGGUCGCGUAUGCGCAUUGCACAAAUUUCAAUAUAGCCCUGCAAUUCAGAACUUGUCUAUUCGAAAACAUAGAAGUUUGAAGAAAUUUGGAAAAGAAAUAAGAUAAAUGGUAAUAUGCGCUCGAUUCGACUUUAAUGUUUCUCUUAUUUGUGCGUUCCCUUUAAUUCAAAACUAUACCGUUUUACUUUUAAAAUCUAUUCUUCCACAUGUUUAGUUAUAUGAAAUAUCAUUCCAAGUAUCGUUUCAUGGCAUCGAAAAAACAAAAAUGAAAACAAAGCAAAAAAAG